CGUCGUUCUUGCCUCCUCUGCCCCGCCCGACCUCCCCCGACCGCUGCUUUCUCGUCCUCCUUGCUGAUAUUUCCACUUCGGCUAUCCUCUGUACCACGUUCGAACGGUCAUCCUCUCGACAUCCUUCGGCGUCCCAUCACAAUCGUCUAGCUUUGGACGCUCUUUCAGAACGAAUAUCAAGGAUCUAACUCAUACCUACUCACAGCCACCAUGGCGGAUUCUCCCGCCGCUCAGAGCGACUCUCCGGCCGAUUCCGGGGACGACAGUCAGCUCACCAUCCGUAUUCCGAACCCGAAGGUGUACAUGGCUCGUCAGUCUCAAUGGAAGGGCAGGAGGGGAAAACCGAGGUGUGACCACUGUCGAUUAAAUAACCUCAAGUGCGACCGAGUAUUGCCCACAUGCAACCACUGCUGGGCCGCCGGACGCGAAUGCAAAUAUACGCCGCUGCCUACUCCCGCACAUCGUGGCAUUCCAAGAUGCGACAGAUGCCGCCUGAAGAAUCUCAAGUGCGACCGGAAUCUCCCUGUAUGCAACCACUGCCAAGAAGACAACGAAACGGACUGCAAUUAUACUCCGAAGAAGCGGCACAAGGUUCCUUCGGACCAUGGUCUCGCACGCGACCGUCCCGUAGCACCAUAUGCUUCCAAGACCGCCUCCUUUUUGGUCAACGAGCAUCCUGCUGAAGAGGAAUCCCCGAAGAAUGGCUCGCCCGCAGGGCCCUCCAGCGGACCGAUGUAUGAGGGCGAGAUGCGCACCGAGCCUCUAAUUAGGCAAUAUGUUCCUCCACAUUCACUGCCACCGGGGGCGGUCAUCGACGAAGAAGUGCCGAUGGAGCAGGAUCCUGACGGAUCGUUCCAGCAGUCUGGACCUGACGGGUCUUUCACAUGGCAGGGAAUGAUUGUCACGACACCGCACAUCGAUCCGUGGAUGCACCCCUCUUUCGUGCCGCUGCCAGACGUCGUUCUCCGAGGCCUCCGCGCAGUAAACGCUAUCGAGAUGCCCUCGCGCCACGCGUUCGAGGAGGCGCUCUACAAGUUCUUAGCGGGCCUGUCACAGGAACUGCGGGAGACGGCCACCUUUCCGGCAGAGGUGUACGCCGAGGUCUCCCGAGCAAUAUCGGAAGCGCGGCAACCAUCUUUGUCGCUCAGGCUGCAAAUGUGGACCUCGUGUCACCACGCGCGUUCCGGCUCGUCGAAGCGCCACCUGAUACUGCUCCCGCGGGACGCGUUCUAUAACAUGAACAGGGAGGACGAGGAGAAGCUGCGGCUCAACUACGUCAUGCAAGCCGACGGCGAGGAAAACAGCGAGAGCGCGAAGAAGCUGGCCGAGAACGGCCUGAGCCCGCUCCAGUCCGCGGCGGUCUUCGAGCGUGUGCCUGUGCAGAACCAGAUAUACGAUGUGCUGGUGUACACGCACAGGACUCACGGCUCUUCCUCGACGAUGCUCUUCGAGGCCCGGCGCAUUGGUAUAGCUACAAUUACCUGGCCGAUGGUGGAGCUGUUCAUUCGUCUCUGUCCGUUUUGCAAAUUGCGUUCGAAGGGCACCGGCCGUGGUCCGGCUGCGGACGAGGACUCUCCGUCUGCCUCAUCGUUCCGACCUGCGUCCGCUCCGGUCAAGCGAUAGUCGAGCGCUCAGCGCUCAUCCCUUUGUCGUUCGUUUCAUCCAUGCGCCUUCGUUCACAUCUGUCGCCUAAAACCUCUAUUGCUGUUGCAUAUCGAAUCUUCAAUAAUCCGGGACUUUGGUGUAGCGCAUCCGUGCUGUACCUGCUAUCUAGGGCUUAUGGUUGCUGUACACUUUUGUAAUACUAUAUAGCUUAACGCGCCGAAACACGACCACU